AUGGCCUCAAUCAAUGUGACAGAAAUGAAUUCAGUGCAACUCCAUCAAUCAAGAAUGGCGAUGCUCUCAGAGUCAAUCAAAUCAAUUGCAUUCAAGAAACAACAGAUAACGAAAGAAUACGAAAAGGGUGAUGAAGUUGAAGUGGCAAGUCAAGAAUUGGGCUUCAUAGGCUCUUACUACGCAGCAACUAUUAUUUGUUCCACUGGCGACGAUUACUACAGAAUCAAGUACAAGACUCUGUUGACAGAUGAUGAAUCUGAGCCACUAGAGGAUGUUUUCUCUGCAGCCGAGAUCCGCCCUGUUCCACCUCAUCAACAUGAAACAAUGCCAGAAAAUGGAUUCCGUCUAUACGAUAUGGUUGAUGUAUUUGACAACGAUGGAUGGUGGUUCGGAUUUAUCAGUGCGAAAGUUGGAGAUGAGUACUAUGUCUACUUCCCUACAACUGCAGAUAACAUUGCAUAUCCUCCUCAUGUGUUGAGAUUUCAUCAAGAAUGGUCAAAUGGCAAGUGGAUAUUUCUUCCAAGAUGUUGAAAGAUUUUCGAUUUGCACUGAUCUUGAUUUCAAGAAAUUCUUGAUUUACUGUAAUUUGAUAUGAAUGCGACUU